ACUAGAGGAUCUGAGGGAGAGCAGCGGGCUGCAGAGCCACACCACAAUGCUGCAAAGGCUCAUUUGCUGGCACGGCUCGGUUUAAAUGUCAAGUCCAGCCCAGACCGGGUCACCUUGCGUGGAGAUCUGCUGGAGUCUGUUCUGGACUGCACCUCUAGCUCUUCACCCUCAUCUCAGCGUGAGUCGUUUUGGAUAAAUAUUUUUUUGUUGUUUUUGAGAAAAUAAACAGAAAACCUUCAGGACAUUUUUUUUUUUUUUUUUUUUUUUUUGGGGAGGAGGGGGAGCUAAAGACUUUUUUUUUGCGGGGGAUUGAUGAUGGCGUCUGCACCGUCCUCCUCCUCCUCCGCGGAUGCCGACGCGGACCCCAACGCCGCGAAUUUGCGGCCACCGGGAUCAAGUUAUGAUGCGUGGUGUGGUGUCGCUCAUGGGUGCACGAGAAAAUUGGGAAUGAAGAUAUGUGGGUUCCUGCAGAAGAAUAACAGUCUGGAGGAGAGGAGCAAGUUCUUCAAGGAGCGCGCGGCCAGGAGCUUCACGCUCACCUGCGACAACAGUGGCGGGGGCGCGCGGUUCACGCGCACGGAGACCGACUUCUCCAACAUGUUUGCGAGAGAUCUCUUACCUGCCAAAAACGGCGAGGAGCCCACCAUGCAGUUCUUGCUGGAGGUGGUGGAAAUCCUCACAAGCUACAUCCGCAAAACCUUCGACAGAUCCACCAAGGUCCUGGACUUCCACCACCCACACCAGCUGCUGGAAGGCAUGGAGGGCUUUAACCUGGAGCUCUCAGAGCAGCCAGAGUCCCUGGAGCAGAUCCUGGUGGACUGUCGGGACACUCUGAAGUAUGGCGUGAGGACAGGUCAUCCCAGAUUCUUCAACCAGCUGUCGACUGGAUUAGACAUUGUUGGCUUGGCAGGAGAGUGGCUUACCUCUACAGCCAACACUAACAUGUUCACAUAUGAGAUUGCGCCCGUCUUCGUACUGAUGGAGCAGCUGACGCUGAAAAAGAUGAGAGAAAUCAUCGGCUGGCCCGAGGGGGAGGGCGACGGAAUAUUUUCUCCGGGAGGAGCAAUUUCCAACAUGUACAGUGUGAUGAUUGCACGGUACAAGUACUUCCCCGAGGUCAAAACCAAAGGCAUGGCAGCUGCACCCCGACUGGUCCUUUUCACCUCUGAGCAUAGCCACUACUCCAUCAAGAAGGCCAGUGCAGCUCUGGGAUUUGGAACGGAGAACUUGAUCCUGCUCAACACAGAUGAAAGAGGGAGAGUCAUCGCCGCUGAUUUGGAAGCCAAAGUGAUUGCCGCCAAACAAAAGGGGUAUGUUCCCAUGUAUGUCAACGCCAUGGCCGGCACCACCGUCUACGGAGCCUUCGAUCCCAUCAAUGAAAUUGCAGACAUCUGUGAGAAGUACAACAUGUGGCUCCAUGUGGACGGAGCGUGGGGUGGAGGCUUGCUCAUGUCUAGGAAACACAGACACAAGCUGAACGGGGUGGAGAGGGCCAACUCGGUCACUUGGAACCCUCACAAGAUGAUGGGAGUGCCUCUGCAGUGUUCCGCCAUUCUGGUCAGAGAGAAGGGUUUACUGCAAGGCUGCAACUCCAUGUGUGCGGGCUACCUGUUCCAGCCAGACAAGCAGUACGACAUCGCAUAUGACACAGGAGACAAGGCGCUCCAGUGCGGGCGCCAUGUGGACAUAUUUAAGUUCUGGCUCAUGUGGAAGGCAAAGGGGACGGUAGGAUUCGAGCAACAUAUUGACAAGUGUCUGGAUCUGUCAUCAUACCUUUAUUACAAAAUAAAAGGCAAAGAAGGCUUUGAGAUGGUGUUUGACGGAGAGCCGCAGCACACCAACGUCUGCUUCUGGUACAUUCCGCCCAGCCUACGCAGCAUGCCUGCUGGUGAAGAGAGACAGCAGAGGUUGCACAAGGUGGCCCCCAAGAUCAAGGCCAUGAUGAUGGAGUCCGGCAGCACAAUGGUGGGCUACCAGCCUCAAGGAAAGAAGGUCAACUUUUUCCGCAUGGUCAUCUCCAACACGGCCGCUACGAGGUCGGACAUCGACUUUCUGGUGGAGGAGAUCGAGAGACUGGGGCAGGACUUGUAAAGGCGACUCGUGCGUUCAUUCGCAGACACUUCAUUAGGAACACCUUAGGUCCAAUCCAAGAGCUGGAUAAUACUAACAAUAAUAAUGCUAGGUUUUUAUUGGCACAUUUAACAAGUUAUUAUUGUGGUUGUAGUCAAAAAUGAGAAUGAUUAUCAUUUCAAAUAACAAUAACAAUGAGCCUCAUGUGUUCGGUUCUCAUUAGAUCGUGUACCUAAUGUUGUGGCCUGUGAUGCAUACUUUAAGUAGGGAUCUUAUGACCCUUUUUCCUGUGUGUCUUCUCUGUCAAUAGACAAUAGAAUGUCGUAUUCUAUGCAGACUGGUUUAAAAAACCCAAUGGGAACGUAAAAAAAGAGCACAAACUUACUGCAUUAAUGUAAAGUAAUAUAUAGUAUAAGAAAUGUUGGUGCACCAUGUUGUCAAAUCCAUCACCUAGGUCAGGGGUGUCCAAACUUUUUCCACUGAGGGCCGUACACGGAAAAAUUUAAGCAUGCGGGGGCCAUUUUGAUAUUUUUCAUAUUCAAACCUUAACAAAAUAUAUGGAUUUUUUUUUUUGUUUGAACCCUUUAGGGCUCCCGGGGACUAUAAAGGGUCUCAGUCAUUAAACUGUUAAAAAUAAGUCAAAUUAUUAUUUUUUAUUUAACGCUUACAGUAAAUCUCUAUAUCAACUUGAGGUUGAUAUAAAGUAAAAUAAAAUAAAAAUUCUGUCAAAGACAACUUUGUUUUUAUAGUCAAACUGAAAUAUGCAGUAUUUAGUAAUUAGAGCCUUAAAACAUCAAUAAUGCAGGACACCAUUGAUUUUAAUUAUUUCAUAUUUUUGAGUAAUCACAGUGAAAAGUUAAAUAAAAUCCUACUAAAUAUAUUUGGGAUCCAAAAGGUCCCCUACUCAUAAAGUGAUACAUUUGUAUUCGUUUUUUUUUACUUUUAACACUUAAAUUACGAGAUGAACUUCAGAUAUAUCUGUCGAUUUUACGUUUGAACUAUUAUUUUGUUUGUAUCAUGCUCUUUUGUCGAAAAAAACUUUGAUGAUUUUAUAUGGCAACCACACAAUAUAUGCAAUAUUUUUUCCACGUAAAACAUUUUAAAGUGAUAUUUUUUAACUAAUAAUUCAUUAUGACAUAGAUUUUUAGUCUUUUUUUUUUUUUUUUUUUUUUU